AUGCCGCCCCAGAGAGGUAAGGAGAAUGCCGAGUCGUCUCGCGGAUUCACAACCCAACGGUUUCGCUUGCGUCGCUCAACCCCGGAUCCUGGACCAAGGCUGUCAGCGGAGUUGUCUUCUAGAUUGGAAGACUCGGGGAGUAGUGCAAGGGUGUCGGUUCCUGCGUGUGAUCGCUGUCGACGACUGAAAAAGCGAUGUAGUCGGGAUUUGCCCGAAUGUGGCCAUUGCGUCCAUGCCGGCCAGAGAUGCUCUUAUUCGGGCGGGCUGGGGCCUUCCACGGGCGCUUAUCGCUUUCUGCAGACAAGGGUUGAUGCGUUAAGUCGAUACAUCGCGGAAGUGAUGGGUCGAGAUGUGGGUGACGUUGAGCGAGAGAUUGGGAUGGUUGAUAAAAGUCAUGAGCCGGGCUCAAGGGAUUUCGAGUCGGGAGAACGAGAGACUCCCGACGAUAAACGUGACACUCCGGACGCACGUGCAACUACGACCCCGGCAACUGAACCUCCAGCACCUCCAGCACCUGCAUCAUCUGUCGACUCUCGUCUGAAUAUCCCCGGUCGGACUGCGUUGGUGGAUGCCUUCUUCCAUCAUGUCUAUCGCGCCUACCCAUUUAUCGAUAAGGCACGCAUUCUUCAUCUUUCUUCUUUGGGCUUAGCACCAAAUAUGCAGGAUGCAGAUUCAAUCAUACUCCUUAUCAUCAUGGCGAUUGGCCAUACCAGUUUGCAACGCUCAGGGAAAGCAUCGUACGAGGCGUCCCCGUCUUUCGACAUCUCUUACUCCGAUAUACUCCAACGAUGUAUUCUCCACGAGGGUGUUGACUCUAUCCAAAUUCUUGUCCUCCUUGCCCUAUACUCGCUAUUUGAUCCUUCCGGUCCCUCUACUUGGUCCAUAGUUGGGAUCAUCACUCGACAGGCCAUGACCCAAGGUCUCGCUCGUUCUACGAACCAAACCCACAGCAACUCCAAAACCACCGAGCUUCGCCGACGGCUGGUUUGGAGCAUCUAUGUGCUAGAUAGAAUGAUGGCAGUCUCCGUCGGACAGUCGCCCGGCCUGGUGUCUGACGAAAUGGAUGUUCCUUAUCCGGCAAUAACCGUGGAGGAGUUUGCGUCGCCCGACCGCACGAAUCUAGCUACUAUGCUCCAAGUGAGUCGGCAUGUAAUUGAGCUGCGUCAGCUAGAAAGCAAGAUCCUGUCCACAAUCCAUCUACAAAGUCGUACCAGUAUCAGCAACCUGUCGCUCUCUGACCGCCAUGCGAUCAUCAGUCGGUUUCGGACCGAUGUCGAGAACUGGUAUAGCCAUGGCUGCUUAAUCGCUCGACCGGAACCCGACAAUGUCCGAGUCCACGACACAAUGGCAUGGCUGAAUGCACGAUAUUAUCAUCUCAUGCUCUUGCUUCACUACCCUUGUCAAUUCAAUUCUCGGGCGAAAGGCCCCCACGAGCCAAGUUUAUUGGCACUCGUGAGAAAGUUCAUGCAGUAUAACCAGGUCCUCCUGGUCAAUCGGCAGCUGCCCUUGAAUCGUGUCACAUUAUGCCGUCUUGUUCCUAUUUGCCUGAUAUUAAUACAUUGUUUCUCUUGGGAAUGUUACACUUCCUUUCCUGGUAAGGAAGAUAUACGAACAUGCAUUAACAUCCUAAGCGCAUUCUCCGAUAAAUGGGCACCAGCGGGCGGUCUUGUUCAAGUGAUGGCCGGCUUGAGUGAUCUAAUCUCCGACUACGAGUCGAGCUUAAUGGCCCAGUCUGGCUCACUUCGUCCAUGCGCGAUGGAUCCAGCACACCAAGACUGGCUUCAUUCAUUAGUGAAAGAGCUUUCUGCUCUUCUUGGGGAAAUCAUGGGCAAGGCAACUUGCUAUUUGAACAUUCUAGAUGACUGGGACGCACCGGCACUCGAAUCCAACCAUUAUUCAUGCGCCGGGCCCGAGUCACCAGCGGUUGUGUCGCCAUCAUCCUCAUUCUCACCCCAUCAUGGAUACCAUUUCUCCUUUCUCUGA